UAAAUAUCCUCCAUUUUCAUUUCACACCCACGAAGCCAAUAGUGAUUUGAUUUGCAUCAAUAUGGAUCACUAACCUUGCUGGUGGCUGGUGCUUAUACAAUAGUAUUUGUACCCAACCUCUUUUUUUUUAUUUUUUUCUUUUGGGCACGUGUAUUGUUCUUUUAUUUGUGAACCCAACUCCAUCCACCAUUGUUGGGACGAACAUAACAAGCUAACUAGUUCAGUAGUAUAUAUCAUCAAUAUUCAAUACUCUCUUCUCCAUUUAUAUUGUUCUCUCGGGUCCAUAAAUAAUAGAUGGUUGAAAAAUCUUCCAGAACCAAUCUUAGCCACCAUCAAGACUUUGGCAUGGAGCCUUACUCCAUUGAUGGUGUUUCUUCACAAACUAACUCCAAAUUCUACGAUGAUGAUGGCCAUGUUAAACGAACAGGGACCGUUUGGACAACAAGCUCGCACAUAAUAACAGCAGUGGUGGGUUCUGGGGUGCUGUCUUUGGCAUGGGCCAUGGCUCAAAUGGGUUGGGUUGCUGGGCCUGCAGUUAUGAUCUUCUUCAGUGUUGUUACGUUGUAUACGACGUCGCUUCUGGCUGAUUGUUAUCGCUGUGGUGACCCUGUUACCGGGAAGAGAAACUAUACUUUCAUGGAUGCAGUUCAAUCCAUUCUCGGUGGGUAUUAUGAUGCAUUUUGUGGGGUAGUUCAGUACUCAAAUCUUUACGGAACCGCCGUAGGAUACACAAUUGCAGCUUCUAUUAGCAUGAUGGCAAUAAAAAGGUCCAACUGUUUCCAUUCUUCAGGCGGAAAAAGUCCAUGUCAGGUUUCAAGCAACCCAUACAUGAUCGGUUUUGGCAUAAUCCAAAUUUUAUUUUCUCAAAUUCCAGAUUUUCAUGAAACAUGGUGGCUCUCCAUAGUUGCAGCAAUCAUGUCUUUUGUCUAUUCCACAAUUGGGCUCGCUCUUGGCAUUGCCAAAGUUGCAGAAAUGGGUACUUUCAAGGGUAGUCUCACAGGAGUAAGGAUUGGAACUGUGACCGAGGCCACAAAAGUAUGGGGGGUUUUCCAAGGUCUUGGUGACAUAGCCUUCGCCUAUUCAUAUUCUCAAAUUCUCAUUGAAAUUCAGGACACCAUAAAAUCUCCACCAUCGGAAGCAAAGACAAUGAAGAAGUCUGCUAAGAUAAGUAUUGGAGUAACCACAACAUUUUAUAUGCUUUGUGGUUUCAUGGGCUAUGCUGCUUUUGGAGAUUCAGCACCUGGGAACCUGCUCACAGGAUUUGGUUUUUUUAACCCAUAUUGGCUCAUAGAUAUUGCUAAUGCUGCUAUCGUAAUUCACCUUGUGGGAGCAUACCAAGUUUAUGCCCAGCCCCUCUUUGCCUUUGUCGAGAAAUGGGCUUCAAAAAGAUGGCCUGAAGUUGAGACGGAAUAUAAAAUUCCAAUUCCUGGUUUUUCACCCUACAAUCUAAGCCCAUUUAGAUUAGUUUGGAGAACAGUGUUUGUUAUCAUAACCACUUUUGUAGCAAUGUUGAUUCCAUUCUUCAAUGACGUUUUGGGACUUCUUGGAGCACUGGGGUUUUGGCCUUUAAGUGUUUUUCUCCCAGUGCAGAUGAGUAUCAAACAAAAGAGGACCCCAAGGUGGAGUGGUAGAUGGAUUGGUAUGCAAAUCUUAAGUGUUGUUUGUUUCAUAGUAUCAGUUGCGGCUGCUGUUGGCUCAGUUGCCAGUAUCGUGCUUGACCUACAGAAAUACAAACCGUUUCAUGUAGACUAUUAAACUCCAUCCACCCUCUCCUAGCAAAGGCUAAAAACUGAUGUGGUCAGUGAUGGUGGUUUGUAUAUCUUUUGUUUAGAUCUGAGAUUGGACCCAAAGGUACUCUCACAACUAGAAACCAUAGGACUAAUCUCCUGAAAAAGUAAAGUAUUGAUUAAGGAACAAUUUCUUUACCUACAGGUGCUGCUCUAUGCACAUCGUCAGGGAUCAAACCCCUAUUAUAUAGUCAAAGAACCCAAGCUCUUUGUCACUUGUGCCACACCUUAUAGUUGUUUGUAUUUUAUUUUUUUUUGUUUUAUGAGUAAUGCUUUCAAUGCUACAAUCUUCAAGCAUUGAAUUGAAAAUAUUCACUUAUCCCCCCAUCUCCUUCCUUUCAUUUCAGUUUUAAAAAGUCUAUAAAGCAAAAAGUUCGAGUCA